GACCUCGGAGAGCGCCGGGCGCCGAGCAAAGCUUGCAGAAGAGACUCGGAGCGGCGACGAUUAGCCGGUUGUUUAAAAUGAAGAAGUUUAAUUUCCGAAAAGUUUUGGAUGGCUUAACUGCCUCUUCCCCUGGCAGUGGCAGCAGCGGUGGCAGUAACAGUGGUGGCGGCGCUGGCAGUGGCUCCUUACAUCCAGGGGGACCUGCAGGGGUUCUCAGAGAGGAAAUUCAGGAAACCUUGACUUCCGAGUAUUUCCAGAUUUGCAAGACAGUUCGGCAUGGUUUUCCUUACCAGCCUACAGCAUUGGCCUUUGAUCCAGUUCAGAAAAUCUUGGCUAUUGGGACAAGAACAGGUGCUAUACGAAUACUUGGGAGACCUGGUGUUGAUUGUUAUUGCCAACAUGAAAGUGGUGCGGCUGUGUUGCAGCUCCAAUUCUUGAUCAAUGAGGGUGCUUUGGUUAGUGCAAGUACAGAUGAUACCCUUCACUUGUGGAACCUUAGACAAAAAAGGCCAGCUAUUCUUCAUUCACUCAAAUUUAAUCGAGAACGAAUUACUUACUGUCAUCUACCUUUCCAGAGUAAAUGGCUUUAUGUUGGAACAGAAAGAGGAAACACACAUAUUGUAAAUAUUGAGUCAUUCAUUCUUUCUGGAUAUGUUAUCAUGUGGAACAAAGCAAUUGAACUGUCCACCAAGACUCAUCCAGGUCCAGUUGUCCAUUUAAGUGAUAGCCCUAGAGACGAAGGGAAACUCUUAAUAGGUUAUGAAAAUGGUACUGUAGUGUUCUGGGACUUGAAAUCUAAAAGAGCAGAACUGAGAGUUUAUUAUGAUGAGGCUAUCCAUUCAAUUGAUUGGCAUCAUGAGGGCAAACAGUUCAUGUGCAGUCAUUCAGAUGGCAGCUUGACUUUAUGGAACCUGAAAAGCCCAAGUCGUCCUUUCCAGACCACAAUUCCACAUGGAAAAAGUCAAAGAGAAGGAAGAAAAUCUGAGUCAUGUAAACCAAUUCUUAAAGUAGAAUACAAAACCUGCAGAAACAGUGAACCAUUCAUAAUAUUCUCUGGUGGGCUGUCCUAUGACAAAGCUUGCAGAAGACCAAGUUUAACUAUCAUGCAUGGAAAAGCCAUCACAGUACUUGAAAUGGAUCAUCCUAUUGUGGAAUUUCUAACUCUAUGUGAAACACCUUAUCCAAAUGAAUUUCAAGAACCCUAUGCCGUUGCUGUACUUCUGGAAAAAGAUCUCAUUGUAGUUGAUCUGACACAAAGCAAUUUUCCAAUCUUUGAAAAUCCAUACCCUAUGGACAUUCAUGAAUCACCAGUUACAUGCACAGCAUAUUUUGCCGAUUGCCCUCCAGAUUUGAUUCUAGUACUCUAUUCUAUAGGAGUCAAGCAUAAAAAGCAAGGAUACAGUAAUAAGGAAUGGCCAGUUAGUGGAGGAGCUUGGAAUCUUGGAGCACAAACAUAUCCAGAAAUUAUUAUUACUGGUCAUGCAGAUGGAUCAAUAAAAUUUUGGGAUGCUUCGGCAAUAACAUUGCAGAUGCUGUAUAAGUUAAAAACUUCAAAAGUGUUUGAAAAACAGAAGAUAGGAGAGUGCAAGCAAACAUGUGAAACUGUAGAGGAAGAUCCAUUUGCCAUUCAGAUGAUUUACUGGUGUCCCGAGAGCAGAAUAUUUUGUGUAGCAGGAGUCUCUGCAUAUGUCAUAAUUUAUAAAUUCAGCAGGCAUGAAAUUACAACAGAAAUAGUGUCCUUAGAGGUACGACUUCAGUAUGAUGUUGAAGAUAUUAUAACCCCUGAACCAGAAACAAGUCCUCCGUUUCCAGAUCUCUCAUCCCAACUUCCUUCAAGGAGUCUUUCCGGGAGCACUAAUACUGUGUCUAGUGAAGGAGUAACAAAGGACAGUAUUCCAUGUCUCAAUGUUAAAACAAAACCAGUGAGAAUGCCUCCAGGAUAUCAAGCAGAUCUUGUUAUUCAGCUGGUGUGGGUAGAUGGUGAACCUCCCCAGCAGAUCACCAGUCUUGCUGUAAGCUCAGCAUAUGGAAUAGUAGCAUUUGGAAACUGCAGUGGGCUGGUUGUGGUGGAUUUUAUACAGAAGACAGUGCUGUUAAGCUUGGGGACCAUAGACCUAUAUAGAUCAAGUGACUUGUACCAGCGACAACCACGAUCUCCUCGAAAGAACAGGCAAUUCAUUGCAGACUAUUUUUCUCUCUUUCCUUUGCCUGCUGCUGAUGCUGGUGUUCUGGCAUGUUCCAAAGACAACUUUUGCAUGCGUGGCCUGUCUAACUUUUAUCCUGAUUUAACGAAACGGAUCCGUACUUCCUAUCAGAGUUUAACGGAGCUGAAUGACAGUCCAGUUCCGCCAGAACUUGAGCGCUGCAAGUCUCCCACUUCGGGUGAUGACCAAAGGGAUCCUGGACUUGCUACCAGAAUUCCUGAGGCAGCUCCAGGCUUUUAUAGGAAUGAAAUGCCAGCUGUGAGACAGAGGAAUCAAGUACAUCAUUUGCCAGACCAUGUAAAUGGACACUGCACAAGUCCAACUUCUCAGAGUUGCAGUUCUGGAAAACGUCUUUCCAGUGCUGAUGUUUCAAAAGUAAAUCGCUGGGGUCCUGGAAGACCACCAUUUAGAAAGGCACAGUCAGCUGCUUGCAUGGAGAUUUCUUUACCAGUUACAACUGAAGAAAACAGAGAAAAUUCCUAUAAUCGUUCUAGAAGCUCUAGUAUCUCCAGUAUUGACAAAGAUUCUAAAGAAGCAAUUACAGCAUUGUACUUCAUAGAAUCCUUUGCACGGAAAAAUGACUCUACCAUCUCCCCCUGUCUGUUUGUUGGAACGAGUCUGGGAAUGGUGUUAAUCAUCUCCCUAAAUCUACCAUCAGCAGAUGAACAAAGGCUUACAGAGCCCGUGGUGAUACUGCCAAGUGGUACAUUCCUCUCACUAAAAGGAGCUGUGCUAACAUUUUCCUGUAUGGACCGAACUGGUAGUUUAAUACAACCACCAUAUGAAGUUUGGAGGGAUCCAAACAACAUAGAUGAAAAUGAAAAAAUGUGGAAAAGGAAGUUGGUCAUGAACUAUUCCUCUUCAUCCCAAGAACUGGGAGAUCAUCAAUAUGCAGUAAUCUGCUCAGAAAAACAAGCCAAAGUCUUCUCACUGCCUUCUCAGACUUGUCUACAUGUGCAUAACAUCACAGAGACAUCGUUUAUACUGCGAGCAGAUGUGGUGGUUAUGUGCAACAGUGCUUGCUUGGCAUGCUUUUGUGCUAAUGGACACAUCAUGAUAAUGAGCCUACCUAGCCUUCGCCCAAUGUUGGAUGUUAAUUAUUUGCCAUUGACAGACAUGAGGAUAGCACGGACGUUUUGUUUUACUAAUGAAGGACAAGCUUUAUACCUUGUCUCUCCUACUGAAAUUCAGCGGUUAACAUAUAGCCAAGAAAUGUGUGAUAAUAUACAGGACAUGUUAGGAGAUUUGUUUACUCCCAUAGAGACACCAGAAGCUCAAAAUAGAGGCUUUCUCAAGGGACUAUUUGGCGGAAGUGGACAAACGUUUGACAGAGAAGAGCUCUUUGGGGAAGCAUCAGCAGGAAAAGCAUCCCGCAGCCUUGCACAGCACAUCCCUGGACCAGGCAGUAUAGAAGGGAUGAAGGGUGCUGCUGGAGGGGUGGUGGGAGAGCUGACACGAGCCCGCAUCGCACUGGACGAGAGAGGACAGAGGCUGGGAGAGCUGGAAGAGAAGACCGCCGGCAUGAUGACCAGUGCCGAAGCGUUUUCCAGACACGCGCAUGAGUUAAUGCUGAAAUAUAAGGAUAAGAAAUGGUACCAAUUUUAAACUUCUGAAGAAGCCAUGACUGCUUUGAGAAACCAUUAUUCAGGGAAACCAAAUUUAUUCCCAGCAUCACUAUUCUACUGCUAGAAACCAGUUUCUUCUACAAAAAUGUUCCAUUCCAGUCCAUCUGAAGUUAUCAGUAAGGAGACUUAUCAAAGACAAAGAUACUGUGCAGCCCAAAGGUUGGAACCCUGGUUAAAAAUCCCAAGAUAAUGGCUGGAGUUCUUUUCCCAUGUGGAAUGGAUUGUAUUAUCUUGGCAUGUAAUUUGCUAAGGGUUUAUAUUUAGAAACUAUGGGGAGUCGUUUUGAUUUGAAAUUCCUGUACAAACAAAAGCAUUAAUGCACUUAAUGAAAAAAAUCUUUGCAUGACAAAUUAACACCUUAAAAAGAAAAGAAAAAGAGCAUGUUGUAACAGAAGAAAAUGGACUUAUGGUAAACUAUUUUUAUAAAUUGGGUCACAUUCAACAAUUAAAAAAAAUCUGGUUAGAAGAUAUUAAUGCAUUUCAAGAACAUUUACUAUAUCUAAUUGAAAAGGAAAACAAAAGCAAAAGCCCAGAGUUUUUUUUCUCAUUUGUACCUCUCAUUAUACCAAGACAUUACUGAAUUCUUACAAUAAAAAUCUGAUCAACAUUCUUCAUUCUCCAUGAUAUUACACUAUUCACAGCUCUCAUUCCCAGUCAGAUAUUGCCAGUGUGAUAAGCUAUUCCCAACACAUUUUUCAUUUUUUCACCUUCAGAAUGGGUUGCUAUUUUUAUUCACAAACCAUGCAGGGUUAAAUCACCUCAAAGCACUUUUUCAGCCUGUCCUAUACUUUACACUGGAGUUGAUAAAUUUUCAGAAAAUAAACUAUAGGAACAAAGCAGUUAGCUUUGAGAACUGAUUUCACAUGCCCAAUUUCAGUUUGUAAAGUGUUAUGUUUUUAAAGCACCAUGUGUAUCCUUGUCUGCCAAUUGCACAGUAUAUAUUACUGUUCAAUCUACAUUCUCAAGGUGCUUUUGCAGCCUGACAUUCACAGACCAAACUGGUCAUUCUCUUUAAUAUGAUUCAGUAAAACCUCAGUUAAUAUUUUGGGGGGAAAGGUUCUGGUUUAUUAUAUUCUGGUUUAACAAGGGCUUUCAUUAAAGAAUACUUUUAGGUUCAGUACUUAUUAAUGGAAAUUUUUAUAAAUGUAGUAGUGCUUCACUAUCUUGGCCUCAGUCAUUGUGGAUAACAAACAUACAUAGGUCAUUUUAAAAUCAAUAAUUUUGUCACAAAUUAGGUCAACUAAUACAAAUCACAGCAGUAUAUAAGUAAAUCCAAACACCUAUUUCUUGUUUUAAACUCAAGAAUCUCUUUAGCAUGAUAACAGUUAUCUCUUAUAACUCAACAGAGCACUAGAAACCAGACAAAAACAGACUCCUGCCACACUGUUCACUAUGCUUCUGGAAGUUAAAGUCAUAGGACUCACCCUGUAAUCUGUUCUUCCUUCAAAAACCCCAUGUUACACAAUUGGCUUAAAGAAUUGUAGUUAAGCUGGGCGUGGUGGGCACACCUUUAAUCCCAACACUCAGGAGGCAGAGGUAGGAGGAUCACCAUGAGUUCGAGGCCACCCUGAGACUACAUAGUGAAUUCCAGGUCAGCCUGAGCUAGAGUGAGACCCUACCUCGGAAAAAAACAGAAAAAAGAAAAAAAAAGAAUUUUAAUUAAUCAAGAUCUUACUGAGUUUACAUUUGUGUUAAAGAAGCCAUAGUUUUCUUAGAGUCCAAGUUAUCUUAGUAGCUAAAAUUAACAUUUCUGGAUUGGUUUUGGAUUUUUUUCUUUGAAAUGAUGCUUCCUUUUUUUGAUUUUGAAAAGAUCAAAGAUGAUUAAAAGAAUCAGUAUAUACUAAUACAGUGUAUUUCAAAGUCAUUCAGUUUUCCUGAUUUAUUAAAAAUGGUUCUCUGUAACUCUCUCAAACUCCUUAGCAUAACAGGACCUGGCUUACAAAAUACAGACAUACAUAAGGCAUAAAAUUGCAUGACAAAAAUGGUUUAGAAAUUUAAGACCAGGAUCUAGAAAACACUGGAAGCCAAAUGCAAUACACUGUUUGUACCAUCAGUUUUAAGGACCCAGGUUUCUGAUUUUUCUGGAUACCUUAUCAUUUCUACAUUAAAAAUAACCUAAAAGAAUAUCUCUCAAACACCAACUAAGAAUUAACCUAGUGUAGGAGUGCAGCUCAGUGGUAGAGUACCGGGCCCUGGUUCAGUCAACACCAUACAAAAAGUUAGCUUGUUCUAUAUUAACAUUUCCCAGUAGCCACACUAUUAACGCAGAAUCCAAUGUUAUAGGAGAUUUCGAGUACACUGGUAUUAAGAAUGCCUUUGGCUUUUUCUCUUUAUAUGCCACUAGAAACCCCACUUUGUCAAAAUUGCUUGCAGUUGAAAAGCUACUAAUUUAUAUCAUUUAAGGAAAUAGACUGUGAUAUAUGCAACAUGUCUUAUAUAAAACCACAUAAAAAGAUCAAAAUGUCUUAGCUAGAUAAAUUAUGCCUGAAAUUACAUGUGAUUCAUUUGCAAUAAAAUAUAAUUUUUAGAAAGCUAAUAUGAAUCAGUGAAAACUAACAAUCAUAGAAUAUUUCAAAGCACACAGAGAACAUCAAAAACAUUACAGCAUUUCACAAGUGUUUAAAAGUGGCUUCGAUAAAUACAUCAAAAGUUUAUGAAUAGCACAUCAUUUGGAUUAGGUGCUUCUGACAUGACAUGCCUGAAGAGAACAUUCUUUAAUGUUCUUUAAUGUGUCUAAAGCCUAAAUGUGCUUACAAAAUCGUUAUAAGCCUGCUGCUGACGUAAGGGUUGCUUCCUCCCACACAUUCCUCAUUAGUAGAAUCCAAUUAAUGAGGUCUUACUGUAUCCAAGCUAUGUUUAUAAUUCAAAGAGAUAAAAAGAAUCUAACACAGAUGUGAUUAUGCUCUUUGAACUUUUCUGUACUGUUGCACUGAACUUAAAGCACACACACAGGCCACACACACACACACAUACACACACACACACACACACACGCACCAUUGUUUUAUCAUCUUGGGAAAAUGAGAACUGUUGAUCUGUGUAAUCUCUGGCAUUUUAACGUCAUUCUUCUGUCUUGGAACAUAAGAGAAACCACUCCCAGUCACUUUAACAAUGCUGUAGAACAUGACCUUGAGCCCUGACUAUCAUCAGACUUACAUCAUAUCUGCUCAGGUGGCAUCAGAAGAUAAAGCUUGUGAACUACAGUCUGGACACAGUGACUUUGCCUCACUAUAUCUCCCUCAAUAGAAAAGCCCUUUUUAGUGUUCCAGCAGAAAACAGAGUUUUCAUUCUAUUCAUCAUGAUAAAAUAGAAGUGCUUGUUUCCUGGGCUCUAACAAUAAUGUAAGCAAUAACACAUACCAUGAAAUCAUCCACUUAUCUUGGGAUUUGGAUGGAGGAUGAUUGGUAUAACAUUCAUUUUGAUCCCCUUAAAAGCUGUGUAGUGACUUUCUUUCAUGUAUGUCAUUGAACCCCAUUCUCAGUGUCCCCGAUCACCAUGAAGGUCAUUGUCCAACUGCAGUUUCAGACAUGUAGUAUCAAAACUGAGUGAGAUUGUUUUCUACAAAGUUGAUUAUAAAAAUACUUUUCCAAUCUUUUGGAGUUGAUUUUCAGUAAUUCAAAAUCCAGGUCUCUAUACCUCAAAUAUUUUAAGGGAACCUCAAAGGAAAAUUUCCCUUCUUAUUGACCCACAUAUAGUUUUAAAGGUACUUAUCAUUUAUAUAACUUUGAGCAAAUAAGGAGUAAGAUGAGGCCAAAUAUUGGCUGAACAUUGAGAAGUGGAACUCUGCUAUAAAACAUUUGUACAAGCUGGGCAUGGUGGCACACACCUUUAAUACCAGCACUUGGGAGGCAAAGGUAGGAGGAUCACUAUGAGUUCAAGGCCAGCCUGGGACUACAAAGUGAAUUCCAGAUCAGUAUGGGCUGCAGUGAGACUCUACCUUGAGAAAACCAAAAAAGAAAGUAGAGGAAAGAAUGAAGCUAGCCUAGAAAAGAAAUCUUGUCUCAAGAUCAGAAUACAUCUGUGAGGUGCAGGCUGCGGUAGGAGAGCAAGAGAACACUGAAACCCGACUUCAUGCAUGGGCUCGGACAGGACAGGGGCAAAGAGAGCAGGCAUUUUAUGUUAGGUCUUGUUCUCUGUUAGAGACAGAGAAGGUUGCUUCUCACCUUCUUCACCUGUCAUUGCCGAGCUCCAGACGUGUUAAAUUGAACCUUGUCCUUCAUAUGCACGAUUCAGAAAGCGUGGCGCACAGCCUAACAAAGUCAGUGCGCUCCUUGGCAGACCAUGUAGCCCUGAGUGAGAAAAGGCCGUAUGGCUUGACCAGCAGAGGAAGAGAAAUGCCACUGUGGCACAGAGCACGGGGUGGACAAGGAAAUGAGAGGUUUUAGUGAUGAACCAUAAUUAGACAGAUGUGUUCACAUGUAUUUUUCUAGGGAAUUAGGUGAUUGGCAGAAUUACCUAUACACAACAAUCAUUUGAGACUUUUAAAUUCUCAACCAAUAUCAACAUUCCUUAAAACGGGGAUAUCAGUACUUUUGAAAGCUCCAAAGUGGUUCCAAUACCCAGUCAAAGUUGCUAACUACAGCCACACAAGCUAAGGAACUAAGGAAGACGUAUUUGUCCACCCUGGUCGGUGCCUCAGAUCCAUUUCUGAAGGAUCAGGGAAGGUUAAAUAUAAGAGGUACAGCUGUCGUGAUUGGUGAUUUAAUUUGUACCUCUCUCCAAACAAAAGUGUGAAAUUCUCACCAAACAACAGCCUACUAAAUCUCAAUAGCUUUCUGACCUGCUCACUAAUUAUUCCAAGUUAGACAUAUGUUUUGAAUGCUUUUAUAUGUGACAUCUCAUGAUACCAAAACUAUCACUGUAAAUUCAACAGCAUAUACUAAGUAGAAAGCUAAUUUUCAAUAUUUGAUCAAUAGAUAUUCUCAAAAUAAUCAUUUACUAAAUCACUCCCAUAUUUCUUAUUCAUGCAUCUUUUGGAGGAAACACAGGUACCAGCUCCCUGUUCUGCUGUAGGUAUUUGGACUUGACCCCAGAAACCAGGGAGAUCAACUCUUCCUUCUUUGAUUGUUCUCUCAACCAAAAGCUCCAGGACCACCGAGAUUUUCCUCCCAGUUUUUGGGUAUGUGCUUAAAGGAGAAACAGUGCUUAUAACUGACUAUCUGACCACCAAUGCCCUGAAAGCAUGCUGACCCCUGCAGAAAGAGUCCAGUCAGCCAAGGGCAGCGCACAGUGAGAUCAAACCCCAGGUUACGUCCUCUUACACUACUUCCUCUGGGAUUUCGGCCCACCCUGCUCAACUUCCAAGCCAGAAAAUAAACUAGGUGGUAAUUUUGGACAAUUGUACACAUGAUUGAAAUCUCGAAUAACCUAUACUUUUAGUACUAAAUUAUGUGAUGUUUUAUUCUAGGAAAUAAGAAACAGAUGACACCACUGAUGUAUCUUUAUUUCACCAUCAGAACUUUUGCAUCUUUUCAGAAAAUGACAAAUUACUAUUUUUCUGUUGCACUCAACAAUUGUGACUAUACCUAAAAUUCUUGUAGUCUGUAGAGAUAUCAAUAAAAUUGUAUAUGUUUGUAUAUAGAUGCUCUCUUAUGUCAUCAUGUCAUACACUACUAAUUUUUGCCAAGAUUAACUAUGGAUAGAGGGAAGCCCUCUUUGUAAAUACUGUAAACUACGGUUUUGACAAGUAUUAAUGUUUUUAAAACACAGGAAGAGAUGAGAGAGUAUAUAUAUGGAGCUGGAAAAGAGAAAAAAAAAACACAACUAAACCCAAAUUCCCAAAAUGUAAUUUUGUUAAAAUGUAUUAACUGAAAAGCUCGAAAUAUAGCCAUUUAAAUUUUCUAUCAAAUUAAGGAGAUAGGUAGCAUUUUACUGAAAGACAACUUGCAAGGAUAUCAAUUGAAUUGCACCUUUGUUGAAAUUCAAGUAAAAUAUCAAUUCGAAAAGAAAAAAAGCAUCAAUUUGGGAUUAGUACCGCCAGGAGCACGAGCUGAGGACCACGAGCUCACAGCCCACAGCAGACGCCUUCACUUUGCAGCGUUAGCAGAAAACGUAAGCUGCUGUGCUUCUGCCUCUCCCCGGCGCCAUGGCCACAGGCGUCCAGCGCCAGACCAUCUGCAGCUCUCGCUUUCAUCAGCAUCGUUAAGUCCCCUUCUAGCACUUUUCUUAGAUUUCCAGUGCCACUCACUUUAUGCUUCUAAGUUUUAACUUAGGAAUCUCAGGAAUAUUUUCUCACCUCAGUUUUUCUCCUAGUAUUAGUUCCAUAUAAGAAUGAAAAAAAAAAAACACCUAGGGUUAAAAAAAAAAUGUUUAUCAUUGAAAGAAUGAGUAUGUAGAUCCAUUAAAAUACAAAUGCCAGUCAUUCCAAAUUUUCUCAAAAGACUUAUUUCAUCCUUUAAUCACAAUGAUCAGGCUUACAAACUGGCACUCAAUAUUUUUACUUCUUUUUCCUCCCCUCUUCCUUCUGUCCCUCCCUCCUCUCUGUCCUCCUCUCCUCCCCUUCAUUCUGUUCAGAAGACAGCCCCACCAGUGGAGCGGGCUGACCUCGCCGGGGCGGGAUGGGAGGACAGCUCACAGAAAGGACUGGAGAAAGAUGGCAGGGAGAGAGUGUGAGGGGCUCAUAACUGUGACCUGUGAGGUCUUCCUGGAGUGAGGCUCAAAGCACCAUUGAGGCAGGAGAGUGGCCACAUACAAGGGACUAAGCGCUUAAGUAAAUAUGCUGAGGAUAUGGGAGGCCUGAAGAAAUACAGUUAAGAGGGGAAGCUCGAACUCUCGAAGUGUUGGUGCUCCUUUGCACUGCGAGGUGACUGACUAAAGUUCACAAUAAUUAGAUUUCAAAGCAGGUGAAAGGACUUUUAAGUGUUCUUACCACAAAGAACGAUAGUGGAUGAUGACGUUAAUUAACUUGGUUUGGCCAUCCCAUAAUGCAUACAUAUAUAUCACAUUACACCCUGUGAAUAUCCACAACUAUUGUCAAUUAAAAAUAAUAAAAUUCUUAAAAGGGGAAAUGGUAGAAUAAACCCUGUAAUGUUGGAUUAGCACUGGUGUUAUCAGUGUGAACUCUCUCUACGUUCGUGUGUAUACAUAUAUAUUUGUAUCUAUAGAUAUACACAUAGAUAGAUACAGAUAGUUUACAUGUAUGUAUAUGUGAUGUAAAGGUGUGUGUGCGCAUGUUGUACUUACAUAUUUCCUAACUCUGAACCCUAAGUAGAAACACACACACACACACACACACACACACACACCCGAAGCAGUGAAUACAAGCAUUCUUCCUUGCUAAGUGUGCUAGAGCUCAAGGAAACAGGUGGUUUCAAUGCGGGAACACACUUUGUGCCAGAAAACCGAGUACUCAAAGAAAGAUGGAAACAUGUCAGGACUGAAAAGCAGCUUAAGGGAGACUACACAGGCCAAGUCAGGGGUAACCCCACCAGCAAAAUAAUAGUAAGUGAACAAAAUAGGUACUCCUGAGUACACACUAAUGUAAAUAGGGAGAAAGCUCUUCCUUUCAGUAAAAUGCCAACCAGUACAUGUGAAUGAAAAAUUUUAACUAUUGCUUGGUAACCACGAUAGUAAUAAUUGGGGUAACACCAUUUAAUGCUAAAACCAGUGAGUAUAGUGGGACUGUAGGUACUGGAUGCAAAGGCUCCAAGUGUCUUCAAAAAAGUUAAUUUGUUAAUCAUGAGGAAAAAAUAUACACUCAGAAAUGCUAGUGGAUACCAUACUACAAGGGACCAAAGCCCUGCUACCAGUAAUGGGAUAAAUGAACUUCAUGUACUGUCUUUGAAAACAACACAUUUCUGCCAAAAAUGCAGUCUGGGUCUGGUCCUGAGGAAAUAGUGAACACAGCAAAAAUGGAAUGACAGUCUAUAAAAUGACUACCCUGUACUGAACUUUUUCAGUGUCGUGAAAGACAAGGAGAGAUGGAUAUUCCAGAUAUAGGAAGAUGAGAAACAUGACAUUUGUGUGUGCAACACAUGAUCUUAGAUUGGGACAUUUUGUUAUAAAUGUCAUAAAUGAAGCAGUCAUCAAAACUUGAGUGUGUUUUCCCACCUAUGAUUCUUUGUACUAUUCUUGACACUUUUAUUUAGAUUUGAAGUUAUUUCAAAAUAAAAUUCUAUAAAAACAU